UUUACAAUUUCUACCCGGAACUUGAACUAAUUAAAAAUAUCAAUAAUUAAUGUUACAUUUUAAAUUAGAUAACAAUUAAACUGGAAUAGAAAUACGUGUUUUACCCUCAGUAUCUCCAAAACAAAAGAGCCCACUGAUAAAUAAAAUAAUGUAAAAACAUAUUCCAGCACACCAUCACCCGGAAACAAAAAAUCUGUUCUCCAACAAAACUUCCCAUAAAUUUUACAACAAAAAAAAAGGGUAAAAAAGUAAGAAAUUGUAUAAUUAAAGCAGCUGCUGUGGUGUAUUGUGGUGUUGGAGCUCGGUCAGCAGUGUGUGGUGUGUUCAUGUCGCCUCGGCCUACUCACUGCUGCUUUCUGCUGCUCAAUGACUUCACUCCCACUCACAUUGCUGCUUCUGUUGCCUCUUUCUCAGAGUCAGAGGGCAAACCAAAUGGCAUGGGAAAAAGAGGAAAACGACUGUGUGAGCUAAAUAACUUGUGCAUUUUGUCUCUGGUUUAUUUCUCAACAGAUACAUUAUUUCUCCAUGACAUGCGUAUUUUCUUUGCGGAAAAGCAGCGUAAAAAUAUGGAAUACUGAAUUUAAAAUGGGAGAAAUGGAGAGAGAGGUUUGCUUGUUAUGUAGACACAGAGAGGGGCUGCUGUCAGCCUCUUUGCGGGGCCUGAAAGAUUGAUCACCGCACUUCUUUUCCCACUCGGGGCUCCUCGGGACCUCCCUAAAAACACGCUCCUCCAAACUCCCUGAUCUUUAUAAAAAUCUACAUGUGCGUCCUGUGGAGUCUGAAUGCCCCUCAGCACACUCUCACUUAGUAUUAGCGUUUACAUUAUUGCUGCUGCUGUAUUAUUAUUUUUUGACUAAGAGGAACAGGAGGCCUGCCUCUUCCCCUCCUUCCAUGCAGGAGCGACCUCGCUGUGAACUCUCUGUGCGUAAACACAGCGAACAUUUUAACACUCAUGCAUCACACUGUGGAGAGAGUGCGAGAGAAGCUAGCAACACAUUGGUAGUGUGCAGCAGAGGCUAUUCAAGGUGGAUUUUAUUUAGACAACAUAAAGGCUUACUAUUUUACGCAUACGCACACUUAGGGAAAGCCAUUACAUCACAAAUACAAGAAGAGGUCUAUUAAGAAAUGUAAAUGUUCACUUACACCAACAGGCUGCCUCCCUCCCCAGUUAAAUCUAAAUGUUUCUCUCCUAGAAUCUGCAGAAAUCUCCUCCAUCCUCUCCUCCUGAGCUGCUGCGCCAUCUAAAACCCUCCCAAACUUUCUAAACUGGGGAUUUUCAGCCUCUGUCACACUUUAUAAGAUUAAUGAUCUGUGUGGUGUAAACAGUAGUUUUUUUUCUAAGGGAGCCAUAUUGUAAACGGUGGUGGCCAGCCUAAUGUUAACAGUCAUUACAUCACCCAGAGGACCGAAAUGUGUCCGAGGGAUGCGCUAUUGUUUGUGCGUAACGCGGGGCCGGGAUGCGCCGACCCGCCGCCCACACAGCACACAUGGCGACCGGCCGCCUUCACGUUUUUUCUCCCUGGACUUUACCCCCCGUGAGGACUAAACAAUAGCAGCUAUCCUGCGAAAUAGCCUCUCUCUGCCACAGAAAAUAAUAAUGCUGCUUCCCACAGCCAUCACUGCCGUCAGGCCCGGGCUCCUGAUUGGUUGUCUUCGGUCACGUGACCAGGAAUUGGCUGCAAUUUCGCCCCAUAGAUCUUCAGUUUAGCCUACCCAGGUCCCCAUACGCUAGUAAUAUCACCAAUAUACAAUUAUUAAAUAGCCACCGCAUUUACGCCAUUGCGGUCGGGACCCUUACACGCUCGUGGUUUUUUUUUUUCAUUUAUUUUUGUACAAAGCCAUAUUGUGUUGUGAGCGUGUGCGGGCGUGCUUGCAUGUGUGUAUGUUUUUUUUUAUUUUGGGGAAGGGAUUGUUUCGGGGGUCUCGCCGUUUGAGGUAGAAGCCGGUUUGAGGGAGCAAUGAAUUUUGAAUUUGAGAGGGAGAUCGGUUUUAUAAACAGCCAGCCGUCCCUAGCAGAGUGCCUGACGUCCUUCCCCGCCGUCCUGGAGUCAUUUCAAACUUCAUCAAUCAAGGACUCGACAGUAAUUCCGCCUCCCUUUGAGCACACCAUCCCCAGCCUCAGCCCCUGCACAGCCAGCCAGCCGAGACCGACUGCUAGGAGCCAGCAGAACCGGAGGACCUCCGUCACUAAUGGCCUCCAGACGCAGCACCGAGCCGCCCAGCAGCCCUGCCCGCCCGGCCAGGCCCCUGCCCCGGCCACCGCCAUCCUGGCCGGACCGCUGGCCCACGAGUUCCCCUGGAUGAAGGAGAAGAAGUCAUCCAAGAAGCCCCCCAAGCCUGGGAGCAGCUCCAGCGGUGGCAUAUCCAUCAUCCCCCCUGCCUCUUCCUCCCCGUCGCCGACCGCCUCCGGGUACGCUUCGGCGGGCAUCGAGUCACCCACAGACCCGAGCCAUGCGGGUCUGGAUGGUGGAGCCGGGUCCCGACGGCUGCGCACCGCCUACACCAACACCCAGCUGCUGGAACUGGAGAAGGAGUUCCACUUUAACAAGUACCUAUGCCGGCCCAGGAGAGUGGAGAUCGCCGCGCUGUUGGACCUGACCGAGCGGCAGGUGAAAGUUUGGUUCCAGAACCGGCGCAUGAAACACAAGCGCCAGACUACGCACCACCGGGACGGAGGGGGGCAUGAAUCCAGCGACCCGGGCGGGUUUGAGCCGCUCGAAGGCGCCGAUGCCUCCUCUCCGUACUCGAGCCAGCCGCUGGAAGCAUCUGGCACCGGGGAGGCGACGUCGGACGGAGAGGCGGGGAGCUGCAAUCCAUCUUCGGCCGCCUACGCGAAUGACAGCGGGGAUAAUACACAACCCACGCCGGAGGAGGGAGGCCGAUUGAGCCGCCCUGAACGCCCACCGCUUCCAGGGGCAUCUGGCUCCUCUGACUCCCCUCCUGCGCCUCAGAACUCCGCCGAUAUCCCGGGUCUGAUGCAGCUCAGCGAGGCCGGGCCCGCAGGACCCGAUCCGUCCUUCUCCGAGCAGCGGGACUCCUCUGCUCCUGCUGCCGCGUCCUCAUCCACCUCCUCGCUCCCCGACCUCACCUUCUUCGCCGGGGACUCCUGCCUGUCUCCCAGCCUGCAGAGCUCCCUGGAUAGCCCGGUGGAUUUCUCCGAGGAGGACUUCGAUUUAUUCACAAGCACACUGUGCACCAUAGAUCUGCACAACCUCAACUUCUGAGAGAAAUAAAGAAGACUAAUAAAAGAGGAGGACGGGUGAACAAUCGAGCGGAGGCGACGGCUGUUUAAAAAGCAUUAAAGCUUCGAGGCAACAUUCCUGAAACAUUUCUGAAUGAAUUUAUGUUCUUUUCAAAAAUAUUGGUUCGUCUUUUUGCUGGUGUUAUUUUGCGGCUAUAAUAUAGAGAUAAUUACAUUUUUAAACAUCGAAGGAACAUUUUAUUUUUUCACCAUCGAAACGUUUUUUUUCUUGUCCAUUCUUCAGGUAGCCUAUUUAUUGCCUCGUUUUUGUUCAAAUGAUUAGCCCUUUUCCGUUUGUGUGGAUUUUUCCUCGUGCAUUUUGGUGCAGCUUCAUGGAUUCUAGGCCUAAAUAACUUCUCAGGAACUGUUCGAUGCAGAAAGCUGGACUGCUUUUACACAAUCUCAACUCCAGAGAAGCCCUGCUGAUGACCCGAGUUUUAGACCCGUUUAUUUAUUGAGAUUCUUUAAUAGUGAAAAUCAAAAUUAUUUAUUGUACAUAUAUUUUCAUAGUGGAAUAAUAAUAAUAAAAACACACAAACAUU